AUGUCUGACAAAACACAAAUAACUAUCUUUGAAGGAGAGAAACCAAAUUCUGUUAGAACCAACAGACCUUUGUUAGAAGCAUUAGCAGAUGGGAAUCACCAUGCAUCAUGUAUAUUUUGUAUGAUACCCACUGAACAAGAACGCUGUUACUUAAAAGGAAAGAUACUUAGAAUUCAUACAAAAGAGGGAUGGAGACAUGAAAUAUGUUUCUUCACUUCUAUGAUUGAUGAAAAAUUUGAUAGAUCAGAAUCAGGGUUAGUUGGUAGUGGAUCCAGAUACUUAUGUACUUUAUGUGAAGCAACAAGAGAAGAUGCAAUGGCUAAAUUAGGUUCAUUUAAUAUUACUAGGACAUACAAGCAGACAAAACAAAUAGCAGAUUAUAUGAAAAUCAAUCCUUAUAAUUUAAGUCAAGCAAAAUUAGACCAAAUAUCUCUUGGUGUGAAAAAUGCGCCAAUUUUAUGUGAAGAUGCCAUAGGAAAUGGAAUAGAUUCUACACAUGCAGAUAUAAAUAUGGCUAAUAAGGGAAAUGGCCGAGGUGACUAUGUGGGAGAUGAAAUCGGAUGUUAA